UAGUAUUAUGUGUCGUGGAUUUCGUGCAGAAUUAGAUCAUGCGAUGACUCUCACGUUUUCUUCAAAGUUCAAUGCCGCACCAAAGCCACCAUUGCCAGCUUCCCUCCACCGCCAAAUAUUUUUGUUCCGUCUCCAUCAUCACUAGUAAUAAUACCUUCCUUACUUAGCUUACUAGUCUUGUACUACUAGCAGUUCAUUAAUGCUUGUUUCAUAAGAUGAAGACAACGUUAUUUUCCAAUUAUACAGAUAGCAAUUGUCAUAGCAAUUCUCAAUAAUUCAAAUGAUCAAAUGCUUCCUAAAUGGGCUGCAUUUUCACCUUCCUCUGCAACUUCUUCAGCUUCCACUUCCCCUUCUGAUUCACCCCUGAAAGGUAAUUCCAAGAGAAAGCUAAUUAGGCAGCCUAAAUUGAGGCACGUUGGGGAUGAUGAGCUUGGUGUGUGGCAAGUUAAGUCCUUGCCGGCCUCCCCGGAAAAGGGUUCUGGGUCCAGUUGGUUCAGGUCACGUCACCACUGGUCAAGAUCUGCCGUGCCUCAGCCCCUGCCUCUUCCAGAAUUGUCUUCCACUCGAAGAAGUAGUAGAAGUUGCGAUAAUUUGCCUUUACCAAGAGAAGGGCCAAGCUGCAGGGGGGAAUUAGAUCCCUCCUCAAGCCCUGCAAUUACAGGCAAUUCCUUUCAAGGAAUAUUGGGGAAAAGUAGUGAUGAUCUGGUCAGGAGAUCUUCUAAAUCUCCAACUUACCGUCGCAGGGGAUUCUUCAAUGGCCUUAAUGUUGAGGGGGUUCGACGUGACUUUAGGGUUAAUAUUCCUGCAAGGAGUGCUCCCAGUAGUGGUUUUUCAAGUCCAGCUCUUAGCCCAAGAUUCAGUACGGUGGAUUUCCAUUACCCAUUUCGAGCUUCAUCUGCUUUAGAAACUUCACCUCAGGACAGGGUCACUGGUUCUCCCCCACCAUUGUUGCCCACAAAACUUCCAUGUAGCCCUGAUCAUUCACCGGUUCGAAGCCCAACAUCACAAAAUCCUUGCAUGAAUGUCAGGAAAAACAAUGGUGCUGCGUUGCAUUCAUAUCAUAAAUCUCACUCAGAGACAUGGCUCGAUGGUAACAAUGCCAAUGUCCACCCAUUGCCUCUUCCACCAGGAGUUUUAAGGCCAUCGCAAUCAUCCCUAACCCAUCAAAACGUGGACAAAUCAGAUGUAUCACCAGUUAUAGCACAAUGGAAAAAAGGAAAACUCAUAGGACGUGGUACAUAUGGAAGUGUUUAUGUUGCAACGAACUGUAAAACUGGAGCUCUGUGCGCCAUGAAAGAGGUUGAUCUUGUUCCUGACGAUUCUAAAGCUCAAGAAUGCAUAAAGCAGUUAGAGCAGGAGAUCAAAGUUCUUCGUCAAUUUAAGCAUCCAAAUAUUGUACAGUAUUAUGGCAGUGGAACCAUUGAAGAUCGCUUUUGCAUAUAUUUGGAGUAUGUUCAUCCAGGAUCAAUAAAUAAGUAUGUUCGUGACCACUGUGGAGCUAUGACAGAGAGUAUAGUUCGCAAUUUUACUCGUCACAUCGUCUCAGGAUUGGCUUACUUACACAGUAAGAAGACAAUACACAGGGACAUUAAAGGGGCAAAUUUGCUAGUAGAUGCAAAUGGAGUUGUCAAGCUUGCAGACUUCGGUUUGGCAAAACAUCUUACAGGACAUGCCACUGAUCUUUCUUUGAAAGGAAGUCCUCAUUGGAUGGCUCCAGAGGUCUUGCAGGCUGCUAUGCGAAAAGAUACCAAUUCAGAGCUUGCCUAUGGGGUUGAUAUAUGGAGCUUGGGUUGUACAGUAAUUGAAAUGUUAACAGCAAAACCUCCAUGGAGUGAAUUUAAUGGGGUGCAAGCUAUGUUCAAUGUGUUGAACAGAUCGCCACAUAUACCUGAGACCUUAUCUCCAGAAGGGAAGGAUUUCCUUCAACGGUGCUUUCAGCGUCGGCCUGAAGAUCGGCCAUCAGCUGCUGUGUUGCUUGGGCAUGCUUUCUUAAGAAAUUCAUGUGAUCAAAAUGUAGCAAGCUGCUUGGAAGAAUUUUCUGGAGUGACAUUAUCUGAUAAGCCACAAAGCCCAAAAGAUUCCAUAGAGCGUACCAAGAAUUUGAUGUCAGAUCUGCCAAGCCUAUCUGUUAAGAAUAGGGAAGUGCCCCACAACAGCGAAUGCCUGCAAUCUUCUCCUCAAGUCUCAGAUUUUGGAUUCGCUUCCCGUCAGUCUCCUUGUUCAACCCUUGAUGUCUCUUCACCGGAGCUCAACACUACUUCACGAAAUAUUAGCCCUCCUAACAUUUGCAACAGUUUACCAGUGGGUACGGGGAUUAAUAAGAGGCCUUUUGACAACAUUUAUGUUUUUGGGUUCUCUGUCGAUCGUAAAAAAGUUACAAAACAGUGUUUUGGAAAACAUGAAGGAGGGAAAACCCCACGCUGGCAGGUUUGAGACAAUGGCUAAGAAAGGAAAUAGAAAUUUCAUGCAAGGCCUUAGGGUAGCUAGCCUUGCACAGGAGUUGGCAAGUAGCUGGGUCAAGUUAAAAGCAUAAGGGGCAUUCGUGCAGCAGAAUUUCAGUGUCCACAAGGCAUGAUGUAGUCUCCAAUAGUUCAAUCAUGGAUGACUUUAUUAAGCUGAGCCACUUCUGAGUUCUGAAUUGGAACUGUGGCCAGUCGCACCCUGCAUAAUGAUACAGCCUCUGCAGAAGUUGUUGUAUGACUUUCUAACAGAAGACUAUCACUCCAAGCAAGUAGAGAGUGAUGUAUUCCAUUAUUGAUGUUAGCAUAGCAGCACUCAAUUCAGUAUAGUCUGUAAAUAUAUGCUAAAAAGUUCAAUGUUGUCUUGAAUUCUUGUGGAAAUUGUUCUUUAUUUUCUCUCAUUUUCCAAUUUAGGGAACUCCAUGAUCCUUC